UCAAGUAUGAGCACACGCUUGGCGAUUUUCCACUGGCCUAAAAACUGACACCUUAUUGUCCCGGGAGGAUAAAGUCAUAAAACAGCAGCCACACGAGUGGGCCGCCAAUGGAGCCGGGGACCUCGCAUGAGAUUCCGAAGGGAGCAGAGAGCCCGAACCCGGCCGGUCUGCGGAAGGAGACACCGGGAGAAGAGGCGAAAGGCGGCUAUAGGAGAAGCACGAUGUUAAAGCAGAUGGGAGCGGACGAAGACGCUGCGGAGGAGGUGAAGGCAGAAUGUGAGAAUGAUGGAGAGGCUAACAACCGGAUUAAAAACGGAGAGGAAGAAGAAACGGGAAAAUAUGAGGAGGAACUGGACCCAAGAAUUCAGGAGGAGCUGGAGCAUCUCAACCAAGCUAGCGAAGAGAUCAACAAGCUGGAGCUACAGCUGGAUGAUGCCAGGUCGAGCUACAGGAGGAUUCUCACUGAUUCUGCCAGGAAGCUCAAUGCUCAGGGCUCCCAGCUCGGUGCAUGCAUUGAGAAAGCAAGGCCUUACUAUGAGGCUCGCAGACUUGCCAAAGAGGCCCAACAGGAGACCCAGAAGGCAGCUCUGAGAUAUGAGAGGGCUGUAUCCAUGCAUACUGCUGCCAGAGAGAUGGUGUAUGUGGCAGAGCAGGGCCUUUUAGCUGAUAAAAACACCAUGGACCCAACCUGGCAGGAGAUGCUUAACCACGCCACCGCCAAGGUGAACGAGGCAGAGGAAGAGCGCCUUCGCAGUGAGCGGGAGCACCAACGAGUCACCCAGCUGUGCCAGGAUGCUGAAGCUCGAGUCCAGACUCUCCAGAAAUCCCUGAAGAAAGUCAUUCUCAAGUCCAAACCUUACUUUGAACUCAAGGCUCAGUUCAAUCACAUUUUGGAGGAACAUAAGGCUAAAGUAGUACAGCUGGAGGAACAGGUGGCAAAAGUAAAAAUGCGUUACUCCGUGGCCCUGCGGAACCUGGAGCAGAUCAGCGAGCAGAUCCACGCACAGAGGGGGCGAAACAGAGCCAGCAGGGGGCGUCCUGUCAUCUGUGGCGGUCGGAGCUCCCCUGUAGGUGCUGAGGCUGAGGUCAGAACUGCCACUGGGAUUCAUGACAGUAGCUGCGUGGGAGGCGGCGCUAUUGGGAGCAAUUGGGCAAAUGGUGAGAAAACCAGACUGUGGGUGGAGAGGCACCAAGAGAGCGGCUGGGGCCAGAGGGAGCGACUAGAGGCAAAGCAGGCUGGCUCAGACUGCAUGUCAGUUAUCAGCCUUCAGACCAUCGCCUCAGACCUGGAAAAGUGUGACUCGGUGGAGCACUUGGGUGACCUGAGUGAUGCUGGGAGUGUGCUGGGUGAAGAAUGGGACCAUGACAGGAAGUCUAAUGAGAGGCCAGUCAGCUGUGAGGUGGUGACUGAAGGGCCUCAGCAGGAGGUUGCCCACGAGGAGAAAGAAGCUGUUAAUAAAGAGAAGCAGGAAAGUUUCGUUAAGCAACACUACAGAAGUGUUAGUCUAUGAUAGUCAACAGGAGGAGGAAGGCUGAGUGUGAGGAUAAUGAUGAGUAUCAUGAGGGAUCAUAGUAGAAUUAACAGUGCAAACACAUACUAAUGUUUAAUUUGUGCACCUGAUUUUGACAUGCCAUGUGUUGGCCUGGUAUCAGCUUGUACUAUUUAUAUAGCGCCAAAUCACAACAAACAGUCACCUCAAGGCGCUUUAUAUUAUAGGUACCCUACAAUAGUUAUAGAGAAAACAGUCCA